AUGCGAGCAAGGGGCAAGAAAGCGAAGGGCCGUGCUACCUCUGCCAGAUACAGGGGGCCAGUUGAGAGCCUGGCUGCGCUUCAGCAGCAGCAGCAGCAGCAGUUCUGGCUGUUGCAUGCGGCCGUUUGCCUUUGGCGUCAAGCUGUCAAAGAACUCCCUCGCAGCGGACACAGGCUGACCGUCACACAGCGCUGCCCUAGAAAAGUUUGUUACCCUGUUGUGAACGACCCCAGUUUGGUCCCAAGCCCGAAACUCUGCCCUUAG